UGAAUCUUUUUGCAGCUGUUGGCCUACGAGCGUCUGCCGCCUCCCUCGUCGUGUCCGAGGAGCUGCUACACAGGCGGGUUCGACGUUUAGCGUGUGACCAAUUUUAUUUAAUUGCUCGUGCAGCGCGUGCCGCCGGCCCUUGUGGUAGCCAUGGAUGAAGAGUACGACGCUAUCGUGCUAGGCACCGGGCUUAAGGAGUGCAUCUUGAGCGGCAUGCUGUCAGUGAGUGGCAAGAAGGUUCUGCACAUGGACCGCAACAAGUACUAUGGGGGUGAGUCGGCCUCCAUCACACCGUUGGAGGAGCUGUUCACCAAGUUCAGCCUGCCAGCAAGUCAGCUGGACGAGUAUGGCCGCUCACGUGACUGGAAUGUUGACCUGGUGCCCAAGUUUCUCAUGGCCAAUGGCCAGCUGGUCAAGCUGCUCAUCCACACGGGCGUCACACGCUACCUUGAGUUCAAGUCGGUCGAGGGCAGCUAUGUCUACAAGGCGGGCAAGAUCCACAAGGUGCCAGCUGACGAGAAGGAGGCCCUGGCAUCCAGUCUCAUGGGCAUGUUUGAGAAGCGCCGCUUCCGCAACUUCCUGGUGGCUGUGCAAGACUAUGCCUUUGAUGACCCUAAGACGUGGAAAGACGUUGACCACCAGACCACCUCGGCCUGCCAGCUGUACGAAAAGUUUGGCCUCGACAAGGACACUGCUGACUUCACAGGACAUGCCCUGGCCCUGUACCGGGAUGACGAGUACCUGCAGAGGCCAUGUGGGGAGUUGAUCCGGAGAAUCAAGCUGUACAGUGACUCGCUUGCCCGGUAUGGCAAGUCUCCUUACCUCUAUCCACUCUACGGCCUUGGGGAGCUGCCACAGGGCUUCGCAAGGCUGAGUGCCAUCUAUGGGGGCACGUACAUGCUGGACAAGCCCAUAGACGAGAUUGUGCUGGACGGUGGUCGAGUGGUAGGCGUGCGGUCGGGCAGCGAGACUGCACGCUGCAAGCAGGUCUACUGUGACCCCUCCUACGUGCCAGACAGGGUGGAAAAGGUGGGCCAGGUGGUGAGGUGCAUCUGCCUGCUGAACCAUGCCAUUCCCAACACCAAGGACUCGCUCUCCUGCCAGAUCAUCAUCCCCCAAAAGCAGGUCAACCGAAACUCUGACAUCUACGUGUCCCUGGUGUCGCACACCCACCAGGUGGCAGCCAAGGGCUGGUUCAUUGCCAUGGUGAGCAGCACUGUGGAAACAGACAAUCCGGAAGCUGAGAUCAAGCCAGGCCUUGACCUCUUGGGACCCAUUGCGCAGAAGUUUGUCAGCGUCAGUGAUGUGUACCGGCCCAUUGACCUGGGCUCUGACAGUCAGAUCUUCAUCUCGCAGUCGUACGAUGCCACGACCCACUUUGAGACAACCUGCUUGGACGUCCUGGACAUCUUCCGCCGUGGCACUGGCGAGGACUUUGACUUCUCCAAGGUGAAGCACGACCUUGGAGAUGAGCAGGAGUAGAGACACCAGUGUGCAGGACUGAAGAUGGCCGUCGCCACCACUGCAGGCACCGCUUGGACCCAUCUCUUAGUUUUGCCUCCAGCCCUUGCCCCAACGUCGACUCACUGGCUUCCCGAGUGUGUGCAUGUGUAGCUUGCUGGGCGCGUGCGGUGGCGAGCAGUGCGCAUGCCCCCCUUGUGCAGCUGCUGCUGUUUUUGCCGGCACUGCUCCUUGACAAAACUGAACCACUGUUUCUCAGCGAAAAUGUUAGGGGGCUCUGUUUUGUUCAGAAGGGAAUGUGGCAUUGUGCUCGCUCAGCAUGACCUGUGAUUCUCGGUUCAGUUGCAUCACCAGCAACCAUUGUUGUAAGCAAAGUGAAGAGCGUUCACCGCACUGCCGACCUUCCUUCCCUUUUCUUCUGUGCUCUGCGUCUGGGCUGGUCUAGAAGUGAGGGUUUGGGUCAGUGGCACAGUGGUUUGACAAUGUUAUCCUGUCCCUGUUGCUCACUGCUGGCCACUCUUUGCCGGGGUCUUUUCAGGGUCUGCCCCCACUGGCAAGCAUGUUUAUUUUUGUGCCGUAAAUUAAGUUUCUGUAUUGUUCUUCCAUCUCUGCUGCUACCCCCACCCCCUUUUCAUUAUCUCGUGUCUUGUGAUUGUAGUUCCUAUGUUGGAUGGCUUGGCAUGGGCCUGUGGAGAAGCCAUUCUUUUUUUUUUUUUUUUGCAGACAGCGGAACAAACAUGAAGUGAAGGAUUAAAAAAAAAACAUUCCUUGGACUCGGGUCUGGCUUGGUUGAGAAAUGGUGGAGGCUGGUGUGUUGCGCUAGCUGGCUUAGAGCACUGAGGAGGAGUUGCACAUAUUGGCAUUUCCCAAAUGCAAGGAGCACUUAAUAAAUUUGUCUUCUUCACGGCA